ACGAGAGGAUGGAAAAUGGUGGAAUGCAAUUCAUGUAUGGAUAGCAAUGGAGUGGCAAGUCCUUAUCAGAACUGCAAGAUUGUUCACUGGGUGAGGCAUGCCGAAGGAAUUCACAAUGUAGAAUCGGAGAAGAAUCAUGAUGCUUUACUUUCUCCCGCCCUUCUUGAUGCACAGCUUUCCCCUCGGGGCUGGCAGCAGGUUAAUGAUCUGCACAAGCAUGUUCGUGAUUCUGGGCUACUUAAGAGGAUUGAAUUAGUAGUGACUUCACCAUUGUCAAGAACUAUGCAAACUGCGACAGGAGCUUUUGGCCAGAGCGAUGAAUCAGAGAAGCUGCCAUUUUUAGCUGUGGAACUCUGUAGAGAGCGUCUGGGAGUUCAUCCUUGCGACAAGAGAAGAAGCAUCAAAGAGUACAAGUCUAUUUUCCCUUCCACUGAUUUUUCGCAGAUCGAAAGUAAUGACGACAUUUUGUGGAAGCCCGACCACAGAGAGACCCCUGAAGAAAUUGCUGCCAGAGGAGUGAAGUUCAUGAACUGGCUGAAGGCGCGACCUGAGAAAGAGAUAGCAGUGGUAACACACAGUGUCUUCUUGCUACAUGUCCUGAACACCUUCGGAGAAGGCAACAAGUCUGAAAAAUCCAACUUCUUCAAGAAUUGCGAGCUUCGAUCAAUGACCAUAGUUGAUGGAAGCAUCUCAGGAUCAGAUUGUCCUUCCAAGCCCAACUCCGAAGAGGUACCGGAAACAAAAUUGAAGUUGAUCAGCCUCGAAAGUGCUUAAAUGGCUGUCAGCAUCCCGUUUUAGUCUAUCGGCACUCGAGGACCGUCGACUUAUUCACUGCUUUUGAACUCAGGAGCAUUUGCUUAGUUUUACUCUAAUUUUAUAUUUUAGAAAAAAAAAAUACUCUA